GGUUAAACGUUAUCGUAGAAGUGUAGUUAGGGAUUAUGGUAUAUGUGAGUUUAGUGUGUUUGGAUAUCGUCUGGCGUUUGGUUUCAUCUUGAUGUUAUGAGCAUGUUUUGGAGAAUGCAGCAUUGUAGGGGAUUUUGUUUUGCAGUUUCUCGAAUAAAAUACUUCUUGAGUGUCCGUGGAUUUUAUGGUCCAGUGAUGUCUUGUUAUUCAAGCACAAGCUCAGAACAAAAUUCUAAAAAUCGUGACAUUUGUACCUCAAUAAUGAAACACCUCUUAACCAAAAUAAAAGCCACCGGGCCCAUCACAGUGGCAGAAUAUAUGCGGGAGGUCUUGACAAACCCUGUUAUGGGAUACUAUGUAGGUAAGAACAUGUUGGGGACUGAAGGUGAUUUUGUCACUUCUCCAGAGAUUAGUCAAGUGUUUGGAGAGUUGGUAGGAGUAUGGUGCAUCAGUGAAUGGAUGUCUGCAGGAAAACCAAAGGAUUUUCAAAUUGUGGAACUUGGACCUGGAAGGGGCUCUCUAAUGAGUGAUGUUUUGAGGGUAUUUAGUCAGCUGAAUUCCAUUUUGACUAAGUCUCAAAUUUCAGUCCAUCUGGUGGAGGUGAGUCCUAAACUUGCUGAGAUUCAGGCAGAGAACCUGACUGUAGAAAAGACUGGAAGGAUACUGGAUGAAAACGCUUAUAAACAGGGGUUCACCCAAACGGGUCUUUCCAUUUGUUGGUAUAGGAGUCUACAAGAUGUGCCAAGAGGCUGUGCUUUUUACUUGGCAAAUGAAUUCUUUGAUGCUUUGCCUAUACAUAAAUUUCAAAAAACUGAACAGGGAUGGAGAGAAAUUCUAGUUGAUGUUAACCCCCAGCUAUCUAAUGAGCUGCGAUUCGUUUUGGCACCAUUUGCCACUUUGAGUUCAGAAACCUUAAUUAAGACUGGGGAAGAACGAAUGCAUGUAGAGGUUUCUCCUGAUGCAGGUCUAAUCAUUGAGACAGUGACUGACCGAAUUUCUUCUCAUGGAGGUGCUCUGUUAGUUGCAGAUUAUGGCCAUGAUGGAAUAAAGGGUGACACCUUUCGAGGCUUUCGUGGUCAUAAACUCCACGAUGUGCUGAAAGAACCAGGAACAGCAGAUCUGACAGCUGAUGUUGAUUUUAGCUAUUUGCAGAGUGUGACAGCAGGCAAAGUAAAAUGUCUUGGCCCAAUCACACAGCAGGAGUUUUUGCGGAAUAUGUGUAUAGAUGUCCGACUGCAGGUGCUUUUAAAUAAUGCCAAUAACCCUUCUACUUACCAACAACUAAUUAAUGCUUAUGACAUGUUGAUGAAUCCUGAAAAAAUGGGAGAAAGAUUUAAGUUUUUUGCCAUGGUACCGCAUAGCAGACUGGCUGCACCAGAAAAGAACCAUAAAAAGUUGAAACCAAUGUCUCCACCUGUUGCUGGUUUCAGUGUGAUUGAGAUGGGACGCUGACAUUUUAUAUGAGGUUGUUUCAGCAUUUCAAACUAGCCCAGUCACUAUGAUAUAAAACAAAAUAACUCUAAGUUCCUUGUGAGAACUGGAGUGAAAUCAGAAGCAUUGCAUCUGAUCAAUUAGUAUGACAACUUUUUUAAUUGGCUUCCACUUUUCCCUAAAAUCACUUUGGUGUAGCCUGUAUACAAGUUUAUCUUCCAAAGACCUGGAGCUGUUUGUAGGUACUAUUUUGCAAAACUAAAAUGAUGUCAUUAGUAACAGCUAAUGUUAUUUUUUUUUCAGAUGGCUGUUACUUUUUCUUAAGGUAAUACAGUGCUAACUUUUGAAGCACAGAGGUGCUGUAAUAUGUUUUACUAGAGCAACAUAUAUUUUACAGUAAAGCUACUUAAGCUGUCACAGUCACAAAAGUUCUUUGUCUUAAUGCCUUAAAAAAAGGCUCUUUGUUAGUCUGACAGGUUGAGUAGUUGUAUUAUAAAACUUAUGUUUGUGUAGUAAAAUAUAUUGCAUCACUCUUACAUUCAAAUGUUUUGCAUACGUGAACUAGCAUAGCAUUUCUCCCAUUUUGUUUCUUGCUAAAUAGGAAGCCAAAAUUUGAUCUAAUUGUUCUACAAGAGAAAAAUUGCAAUGUUCAAUAAUAGCAUGAUAGUUAUGCUGCCCAUUGGAUAGGUGUUUUUUUUGUUUUUUAGCUUGCCCAUGAAAACAUACAGUAUUUGUACGGUAUCAGGCAUAUUUGGAAUGAUAAGUAGUAACAAUUUAUGCAGGGGUAGCAUCACAUCAUGUCUGGAUUUAAUAAACCUUAUCAAAAUUGAUAUAUUUUUGUUAAUAAAUAUUUUUUGCUAAAUAUUUGCCAGCUGUAAAUGUGGAUACAUGUAAUGGCAUGUUUUGAGUGUUAGACUGUUAUCAAUAAACCAUUUGCAAAGUU